AUGAGUUAUCGUCCUGGAUCUCCUUCUUAUCGCCCUGGCUCACCAGGAGGUCGUCGUCCCAUGUCUUCGUCUUCGACACACACCAGAGUGGAGGAAGAGCUUCAUGAAAUGGCCGGCAUUGAUUAUGACAAGGUCACCAUCAAACAUAAUCCAUCAGUGCCUGUGUUGUAUGAAGAAGCUCUUACGCAUGAAGUUGGUACUGUUAUUUCCUCCGCGGGUGCCUUGUGUUCGUACUCUGGCAAAAAGACAGGCCGUAGCCCCAAGGACAAGCGUAUCGUUGAAGAGGAUGAUUCUGGCAAAGACAUUUGGUGGGGUCCCGUGAACACCAAAAUGAGUGAACGCGUGUUCUUGAUUAAUCGUGAGCGUGCCAUUGAUUACCUCAACACCCAUCCUCGCCUAUACGUGUUUGAUGGUUUUGCUGGUUGGGAUCCCAAGUACCGUAAAAAAGUGCGUGUGAUUGCAUCUCGCGCCUAUCACAUUUUGUUCAUGCGUAACAUGUUGAUCCGACCUACCGAUGAGGAACUUGAAAACUUUGGUACACCUGAUUUUACGAUUUUCAAUGCUGGCGAGUUCCCAGCCAAUCGCUAUACCACCGGUAUGACGUCGACUACAUCUGUGUCGGUCAACUUUAAGCGUCAUGAAAUGGUCAUUCUGGGCACUGAAUAUGCUGGCGAAAUGAAAAAAGGGAUCUUUACAGUGAUGCAUUACUUGAUGCCUAAGGCAGGUGUCUUGUCAUUGCACUCAUCGGCUAACGAGGGUCCUGACGGCGAUGUAUCCUUGUUCUUUGGCUUGUCGGGUACCGGCAAGACGACAUUGAGUGCAGACCCCAAACGACGUCUUAUUGGUGAUGACGAACAUUGCUGGAGUGACAAUGGCAUUUUCAAUAUUGAAGGUGGAUGCUAUGCAAAGUGCAUUGACUUGUCAGCUGAAAAGGAGCCCGAAAUCUACAACGCUAUUCGCUUUGGUUCGGUGUUGGAGAACGUGGUACUCAAUGAAGAAUCCCGUGUCGUUGAUUACUCUGAUGACUUUUUGACUGAAAACACACGUUGUGCUUAUCCCAUUGAUUAUAUCCCCAAUGCCAAGAUUCCAUGUAUGGGUGGCCAUCCUAAGAAUAUCAUCUUGUUGACAUGCGAUGCAUUUGGUGUGUUGCCUUUGGUGGCCAAACUUACCCCUGAUCAAGUCAUGUAUCAUUUUAUCUCUGGCUACACGACCAAGGUGGCAGGAACCGAAGAUGGUAUCAGUGAACCCACACCCACUUUCUCAGCAUGCUUUGGUGCUCCUUUCCUUGUACUUCAUCCUCAAAAGUAUGCCACCAUGUUGGCCGACAAGAUGCACAAGCAUGAAGCAAAUGCAUGGCUCAUCAAUACUGGUUGGACUGGUGGUCGUGCUGGUGAUGUUAAGAGAUGCCCCCUCAAGUACACUCGUGCCAUCUUGGAUAGCAUCCACAAUGGUUCUUUGGCUGCUGGCGAGUUUGAAAACUAUGAAGUAUUUAACAUUGCCAUUCCCAAGCAUGUCGAAGGUGUUCCUCCUGAAAUGUUGCACCCACGCAAGUCUUGGAAGGGAUCUGCGGAUGAGUUUGACAAAUCUUUGAAGAAGGUGGCUUCCAUGUUCCAAGAAAACUUCCAAGAGUACAAGGCUGAAGCUACUGCUGAAACUUGCAAUGCAGGCCCAUCGGUGUAG